AUGAAUAUUACUUACAUAUUCAUGUUCAUGUUCUUGUCUUCAAUGCACCAAUAUUUUGGUGCUUUAGAUACAAUAACUACGACACAUUUUCUCAAAGAUGGCGAUGACAAUUUUAUUGUUUCACGUGGUGGAACGUUAGAAAUGGGAUUUUUCAGUCCAGGUAAAUCCAAAAAUCGCUACGUGGGUAUGUGGUACAAGAACAUAUCUGUUAGGACCGUAGUGUGGGUUGCCAAUAGAGAAGAUCCUUUGAGGAGUAAAAAUGGUAUAUUGAAGGUCAUUGAGCCAGGAAUUCUUGUCCUUCUCAAUGACACUAAUAAUGUUGUAUGGUCAACUAAUACAUCGAGAUCUGUGCAGAAUCCGAUUGCACAGUUGUUGGAUUCCGGGAAUCUUGUUGUGAAACAAUCUGGUCAUGGUGUUAGUGAUGGAAAUUUCAUGUGGCAGAGUUUUGAUCACCCAACUAAUACACUAUUACCAGGCAUGAAGCUCGGUUGGAACUUUGUAACAGGACGAGAGGUGUAUUUAUCGUCUUGGAAGAAUGAAGAUGAUCCAGCUCAUGGUGAUUAUUCAUAUCACUGUGAUCCUUCAGGACAUCCACAGAAUAUCCUGAAGAAGGGAUCAAAUGUGAUAUAUCGCUCUGGAGUGUGGAACGGUCUUCGUUUUGGUGGGGCAAGAAACUCAAGAGACAGUACUUUCUAUAGAUAUGGAAUAUUCUCAAGUAAGACAAAGGUGUACUUUGGAUAUAACCUCACAUCUUCAGUUAUCGCGACAUUCAUACUAAACCAAAAUGGUGUAGCACAACUUUUGACUUGGGGUGAUGGAGAACAGGGUUGGGUUCCUUACCUCGUAAUACCUGGAGAUAAUUGUGAUACGUAUAAGUUAUGUGGCUCAUAUGGUAGCUGCAAAAACAAUGAUUUUCCAGUACUUUGUGGAUGUUUGGACAAAUUUGUGCCAAACAAUAGCAAAGAUUGGAACAAGGCAGACUGGUCAGGUGGUUGUGUUCGGAGAACUGAACUAAAUUGCCUUCAAGGAGACGUAUUUUUGAAGUAUUCGCAAAUUAAACUUCCAGAUACACGGAAUUGCUGGUCUAAUGUGACUAUGACACUAGAAGAAUGCAAGAACAUCUGCUCUAAAAAUUGCUCUUGUAUGGCUUACUCAAAUGCUGACAUACGCGAUGGAGGAAGUGGAUGCUUAUUGUGGUUCAAGGAUCUGCUUGACAUUCGGCAGGUACCCAAAGGAGGACUUGAUAUCUACAUUAAAGUAGCUGCUUCUGAAUCAGGUUUGCUUGUUGCUCUUUACCUGUUGAUCCACCAUAGAAUAAGGAAAAAGGAUUUAGAGCUCAAAAAGAAAGGACAGGGAAUAGCUGUCAAGCGGUUGUCUAGAACUUCCACACAAGGAGAAAAUGAGUUCAAGAACGAAGUUAUAUAUAUUGCUAAACUUCAGCAUAGGAAUUUGGUGAAGAUUCUUGGCUGCUGCAUUGAAGAUGAAGAAAAAAUGUUGAUCUAUGAGUACUUGCAUAACGGGAGUCUUGAUUCAUUCAUAAUUGCUAACAAAAUUUUGGCAGAUGACACACAAAGCAAGGUACUAGACUGGCCUAAGCGAUUUCACAUUAUCAACAUUAUAGCUCGGGGAGUUAUGUAUCUGCAUCAAGAUUCACAAUUGAGAAUAAUUCACAGAGACCUGAAAGCUAACAACAUUCUGCUAGACAAGGACAUGAACCCAAAGAUAUCAGACUUCGGCUUGGCAAAAAUAUGUGAAGAGGAUGACACUGGAGCCCAGACAAACCGAGUUAUUGGAACAUACGGGUACCUCUCACCAGAAUAUGCAUUGCAUGGGCUAUACUCAGUAAAAUCGGAUGUAUUUAGUUUUGGUAUCUUAGUACUUGAAAUUGUGAGUGGGAAAAGCAAUAGACGAUUCUCUCAUCCAGAUCAUUACCUUAACCUACUCGGACAUGUAACAAUUUUCAUUUUUUGUACUAUAUCUAUCCGAACAUAUUUAUCUACUAGUAACAAAUAUGUUACAAAACUAAAUCGUCCAAGUAUGUCAUCUGUUGUUGUGAUGCUAAACAAUGAAGGUGUAUUGCCACAGGCUAAACAGCCAGGUUUUUACAUAGAAAGAAAUUCGAAUGAAGAGGAAUUCUCUUCAAACCAAAAUGCAAAUGUUACAACAAUUUCCAUGAAACGCUUUAGCUUUUUCUAUUUCUGUUCCUCUAAUAUAGUGUCAUUUCUAUUCAUAUUUUCCACUGCUUUAGACACUAUAUCGAACGAUAGCCCCAUCAAAGAUGGACAUACCAUAGUUUCAGCUGGUGGAAACUUUGAGCUUGGAUUUUUCAGCCCUGGAAAUUCCAAGAAUCGGUAUAUCGGUAUAUGGUACAACAAUUUACCUAAAGGCAGAGAAGUAGUGUGGGUUGCCAAUAGAGUGAACCCACUGAAUGAAACUUCUGGCAUAUUAACAGUCAGUAGCAAAGGGAUUGUACUACUCAAUGGAAACCAAGAUGUGAUUUGGUCAUCAAAUUCAUCGAAAAGUUUGAUAAAACCAGUGGCUCAACUUUUGGACGCUGGAAAUCUUGUCUUAAAAGAUGACAGUUUGGUAAAUCAAAAAGACUAUGCUUGGCAGAGUUUUGAUUAUCCAGACAGUACUUUGUUACCUGGCAUGAAAUUAGGCCUUAACUUGGUCACGGGCAAGUAUUGGACUAUGUCGUCGUGGAAGAGCAGUGAUGAUCCUUCUCCAGGAGAAUAUUUGGAUCGCCUCGACACCAGUGGUUAUCCUCAAUUCUUUGUGUGGGAAGGUCCUGCAAUAAAGUUUAGCUCAGGAAUAUGGAAUGGACAUUUAUUUGUUGGAGGGCCAAAUUUGAAACCAAAUCCUUAUUAUACAUUUGAGUUUGUGAACAAUGACAAGGAGAUCUACUAUAAAUAUGAGCUUAUCAAUACUUCUAUUCCUACCAGGUUGGUCUUGAAUCCAGCAGGCCUGCUUCAACGACUCUUAUGGAUCGAACGGAACCAGAACUGGUUCCUUUACUCCACUGGACAGAUGGAUAAUUGUGACCGUUAUGCCUUGUGUGGUCAAUUUGCGCAGUGCAACAUCAAUGACUCACCUCCAUGUGAUUGUUUGAGAGGAUUUCAGCCUAAAAAUCAACAAGGAUGGGAUGCAGCAGAUUGGUCUAGUGGGUGUGUACGAAGAACUCCGUUGACAUGUGGGACAAGUGACAGGUUUCUGAAGUAUUCUAGUGUGAAAUUGCCAGAUACACGCCAUUCUUGGUUUGACAAAAGCAUUGGCCUCGAGGAAUGCCAAAGGCUGUGUCUGAAAAACUGUUCGUGUACAGCAUAUUCCAAUCUUGAUGUUAAAAAUGGCGGGAGUGGAUGCUUACUUUGGUUUAAUGAACUCGUUGAUAUCAGAGAAUAUGCUGAACUUGAUCAAGAUCUCUAUGUAAGGAUGGCUGCAUCAGAAUUAGGUUCAGGCUAUAUGGGAAACACAAGAACAUCAGUCAUUGCAAUUAUAUUAACAGUUUCAGCAAUCAUCCUUGUUGGUUUUCUAUUUUGGUUUGCUAUGCAGAGAAAGAAAGGGGAAAGAGGAGUAGGAGAAGGAGAAGGAAAGGAAGAUAUGGAAUCACCUUUGUUUGAUGUGAUGACUGUUUCUGCUGCAACUAAUAAUUUCUCAUCUGCUAAUAUCAUUGGAGAGGGUGGUUUUGGAUCUGUUUAUCGGGGAAAACUAUCAACAGGACCAGAAAUAGCAGUAAAGAAGCUCUCUAAACAUUCCGGACAAGGUUUUGAAGAGUUGAAGAAUGAAGUUGUUCUGAUUUCCAAACUUCAGCAUAGAAAUCUAGUUAGGCUUCUAGGCUGUUGUCUUGAAGGGGAAGAAAGGAUGCUAAUUUAUGAAUAUAUGCCAAACAAUAGCUUGGACUUCUUCAUCUUUGAUGAAUGCAGGAAGAAACAACUUCCCUGGGAAAAUCGUUUUCGUAUUGCAAUGGGAAUAUCAAGGGGCAUUCUUUAUCUUCACCAGGACUCCAGAUUAAGGAUCAUACACAGAGAUCUAAAGACCAGCAACAUUUUACUGGACAGUGAAUUGAAUCCCAAAAUUUCUGACUUUGGACUGGCUAGGAUUAUUGGUGGUGACCAAAACGAAGCAAGAACAAAGCGAGUAAUAGGGACAUAUGGCUAUAUGUCUCCAGAAUACGCAGUUGAUGGGAAAUUUUCAGUGAAAUCAGAUGUCUUCAGUCUUGGUGUUCUUCUACUAGAAAUAGUCAGCGGAAGAAAGAACAGAACAUUUCAUCAUCCAGAUCACCAUCAUAGUCUUAUAGGACAUGCUUGGUUAUUAUGGAACGAAGGAAAGGCUUUGGAACUAAUCGAUGAUUGUUUAAAAGAAUCGUUUGUGGAAUCCCAAGUACUAAGAUGUGUUCAUGUGGCACUGUUAUGUGUUCAACGACUAACAGAUGAACGACCAACAAUGUCAUCAGUGGUUUUCAUGUUGAGCCAUGAAGAAGUGGCAUUACCUCAACCAAAGGAGCCUGGUUUCUUCAUAGAGAGAAGUAUAGCUGAAACAGAUCAUUCAAAUGAGAAAAGAUGCAUCAGUGACAAUGUUUUGACAUUAACAAUUCUUCAACCAAGAUAGCAAUGGCGGAACCAGAAAUUCAAGAACCUUCUAUUGUAUAAAGGUGAUUCAACAACUAAUGUAUAUACAAUACAGAAAAUCUGUUCAUCCCUAUAUGUACAGUAAAAUAUUUUGACGAAGGGGCUUCAGUUGAAACCCCUCUAGACCAUGCAGCUCCGCCCCUGAUUGUUAUUGGACGAGCAUUUACUAACAUGCUUACAUAGAACAAUUGCGUAUAUCUUUCUGAUAUUUGAUUAAGACUCACGAGCCAUCGGGA